AUGAAUCCAGCACUCCUAGAGAAAUCUCCCGAGGCCGACGGGCACGCCGCUGAAAUCCAGUCUGACAAGAGCAUUGACGAAGACGUCUUUCCAGAAGGCGGGCCGAGGGCUUGGCUCGUGGUCCUCGGUGGAUGGCUUGGUCUCUUCUGCACAUUCGGCUUGGUCACGUGUGUCGGCGUGUUUCUGCAGUACUACCAACGAGAUUUGCUGUCUACCUACACUGCAAGCCAGAUUAGCUGGAUCACGAGUGUACAGGUUUUCUUCCAAGUUGGUGGAGGUGCAGUGUGGGGUCGGAUCUACGACUCCUAUGGUCCACGAUGGCUGCUAUUCAUCGGCACUCCCGUCUAUUGUCUAGGCCUGAUGAUGCUCUCGCUUUCGACGCAGUAUUACCAGAUUCUCCUGUCACAAUCAGUCGUCAGCUCAAUUGGCUCGGGCGCCGUCUUCACAGCGUGCCUCACGUCUACUACGACUUGGUUCUUGAAAAAGCGCGGCACAGUCUUCGGCAUCGUUAACUCAGGGUCGGCUGUCGGCGGCGUCGUUCUUCCCAUCAUGCUGUCACGGCUCAUCCAGUCCAUCGGAUUUCCCUGGACCAUGCGGGCAGUCGGCUUCCUCUUCCUCACGCUCUGCGUUGGUUCAUGUCUCUUGGUCAAAACUCGCACUCCGCCAAAGCCUCGCCCUUUUGCUAUUACUGAUUAUACAAACGGCCUGCGCGACACCACGAUGCUGCUCGCCACUGUUGGAGGCUUCCUCUUCUUCUGGGGCAUGUUCCUCCCUCUUAGCUACAUCAUCGUCCAAGCUCAGGAUAGUGGCAUCUCCCCAGAUCUCCUCCCGUACCUCCUCCCCAUCAUCAACGCCGUCAGCCUUGUAGGCCGCCUGGUGCUGGGCUACCUCGCUGACCGCAUCGGACGCUUUAACUGCAUGCUCUUAGUGACAACCUUCACCGGCACUCUCACUCUCGCCCUCUGGAUCCUGGGAAGCAGCAGCACCGCUGCGAUUGUGCUAUAUGCAGUGGCUUUUGGCCUCGGGUCUGGCGGGUACAUCUCGACAUUCCCCGCGUGUGUCUCACAGAUCAGCCCGCCCGCCGAGAUCGGCACGAGGAUCGGUGUUGCAUCGCUGAUCAAUGCGGUCGGGGCGCUCACGGGGAGCCCUUUGGGCGGGUCUCUUAUCGCGAAGAAGGCCGAUGGCAGCACCAGCUUCCUGGGGCUGCAACUGUUUUGCGGCGCAACUAUGCUGUGCUCAGUGUUUGUGUACGGCGCCGCAAGAUACAAGCAGGCAGGUUUGAGAUGGGAGAAGAUUUAG